AUAUCUUUUGAAGUUUCUUCCCACCUCCGACCCCUCCCCGGUAACACAACUCCAUCGGUCGGUGAUUGAAAACAGACGAGGCACAGGCAGCAUUCGGGGCCAAGAAAGGCAGACUUGACUCGCUGGCUGCCGAACAAAAGAUGUCCGGGGCCGUGGCAGAAUUGGAGUGAUGGAAGCGAUUGUUGAGUUUCCUUAUGAAGCUCAGCAUGAUGAUGAGCUGACCAUUUCUGUAGGAGAUAUUGUAACUAAUAUCAAGAAAGAAGAUGGAGGCUGGUGGGAGGGUGAACUCGAUGGCAGAAGAGGUUUGUUCCCCGACAACUUUGUAAGAGAAAUAAAGAAGGAUGUGAAGAAAGAAAACCAAUCAGUAAAACCUACAGAAAUGCAUGGAGAUGAUGUCUCCAAUGGCAGCCUGCUGUCUUCAAGUGAUCCAACUCUUAAAAGUCCUAGAAAAGCUGAAAAAAUUAGAACAAGAAGAUGUCAAGUGGUGUUUAGCUAUGCACCUCAGAAUGAAGAUGAACUGGAGCUGAAAAUCGGUGAAAUAAUUGAAGUACUUGGUGAAGUUGAAGAAGGCUGGUGGGAAGGCAUCCUCAAUGGUAAAAGUGGAAUGUUUCCAUCAAAUUUUAUUAAAGAGCUUCCAGACGAGCAAGAAGAAACAGCUAACACACAAGAUGAUACCACAAUAAAAACAAAUGUUAAAGACAGAGGAAGUCCUGAACAGGACACUACGAAUGGAGUUACUGUAAAGUUGGCAGAUGGAUCAAAUAGUGCAGCAACAACAGAAAUUCAGCCAAAAAAGAUAAAAGGUUUUGGCUUUGGAGAUAUUUUUAAAGACAAACCAAUCAAACUGAGACCAAGAUCAAUGGAAAUAGAACUUGAUAACAACAAUGUGGAUAAGACUUCCGGAAAAAAGUUAGCUUCAACUGUGACUUCUCAGGAGCCAACAAAGUCUGAAUCAGACAUCAGACCGAAGGGUAAGGAAUAUUGCAAAGUACUGUUCCCAUAUGAAGCACAGAAUGAAGAUGAGUUGACAAUCCGAGAAGGAGAGAUUGUAAUUAUUAUAAAUAAGGAAUGUGCAGAUGCUGGAUGGUGGGAAGGAGAAAUCAAUGGUAAACGGGGCGUUUUUCCAGAUAACUUUGUGAAGCUUCUGCCACCUGACUUUGAAAAAGAGCGACCCAAGAAGCCUCCGCCCCCUUCAGCUCCAACUGUCAAACCAUUGUCAGGAUCCAAAUUCGAUGGUUUGCUAGUGGACAAAAAGAAUGAAGCAAAAAGAAUGCCUCCUGAAAGACCGGACUCCCUCCCGACCAGAAUAGAGGACAAAGAGGAAAAGUCAGAAAGAGAUCAGAAAUCUAUAGAACUGUCUAAACCCUCAGUACCUGCAAUACCACCGAAGAAACCUUUGCCUCCCAAGACCAAUUCUUUGAACAGACCAAAUACAUUGCCUCCUAAAAGGCCAGAAAGACCAGCAGCACCUGCAGCUCAUUCCAGGUCUGACAGUGAUCCAAAGUCUGAAAUAGGAGUUCCUGUUGUGCUGCUGAGCACUUCGGAGAGAGAGACCUUGGAAAAAACCAAUGACAUUGAUGUAGCAAGUUUUGAUAGUGUAGUCUCUUCCACUGAGAAACUCAACCAUCCCACAACCUCUAGACCCAAAGCCAGUGGAAGGCGACCUCCAUCUCAAGUCUUUACAUCUCCAUCACUCUCUAGUCCUGACUACUUGGAUUCACCAAUUUCACAGGAAGACAAUAGAGAAGAACAAGACCGAAUAGAACUUGAAACCAACACAAGAGUGAAAGAAAUUGUAAAAAAAGCUCCAAGACCUAUCCCGGUGUUUCCAGUAUCUGAUAAAACAUUGCCACCAAAGCCAGGAGCUCAAAAUUUGCCAUCUGGAAGCAAUGCACAUGGAUCAGCUGUCUAUGCAUUCCACCAUGGCAUCACUUCUGCAGCUGGCCAAAGACCAAACUCCCCAUCACAAUACAGUACUGAUCUCAAGCCAAAGAUUGACAAGACUCAGGAUCCAAUUGAGGAACUAAGAGCACAAAUGAAGGAAUUGAGAAGCUUCAUUGAAAUUAUGAAGUCUCAGCACAAAAAAGAGAUUACACAGUUGAUGACUGAGUUAGAUGAAGAAAAGAAGAUCCGUAUAUCCUUGCAACUGGAAGUGGAAGGAAUUAAGAAAACACUUCAAGCAAAAUGAUACUUCUAUGGCAUGAAUGUUGCAGUCACACUUCUGAUUGCUCUAGGACUUGAGAUGCAAUGCAGCCAAAUUUAGUUUUGUGCCAAAUUUAUUUUGUAAGCAUUAUCCCCUUGCAUCUUUUUCUAAAAGUUUUCAAAUUUUAUAAUGCAAAAUAAGUUAAUGGCAAUGGUUUUACUAUGUCCCUGUACUAAAUGCACUGAUGUCCAAAUGGCUAAAGCUAGAGGCUUAAUGCAUAGGUGUAUAUGAGACAUAUAUACACAUUUACAAUAAAGUAAUUUCAGGCAUCUAAGCCCACACUGGUAGUAUACAAUGAUGCUCUUUUGCAAUAAAGAAAAUGUAAUAUUUUGAGUGCCAGUUUAUGUAUGCCUGACCUUUUGUUCAUUUAUUUUUUAUGUUGACAUGCUUGUUAAUUUUGUCAAAGUCCUUUAUGUAAUAGGUGCUUUGUAUUUUGAAAUUUAUCCCUUAAAAGUACAGCAAUGGGUACAGGGAGUACAGCAUUCUUCUAACUAGAUUAACAAUGUACAAAAUUAAAAUUGGUGCCUGCAUAAUCUUAUUAAAAGAAUGCUGCAGUCUUAGUCUACCCAUUAAGUGUACUCUGAAUUAUUUCAAACAGAUUGAUUAAAUACACAUUGCUAUUUUCAAA